UUGACUACUGCGCGUCAUAGAUUUGAAGCAUAGUAAUUCCAUCAUGGAUUUGUAGUAUCUUAGAAUCUGAAGUCUGCUUCUGAUACAUUUUUUUUUAUUUUAGCUAAGAGUACAUGAUAAUUAUUUAAUCGUUAUUUAGUAAUAUCCAGAUUACGAGUUGCAUUAUAAUAAUAAAGAAAGGGCAACAAAUAUGUCAAAGAACACAAAUAUUUUAAUAACAAAAAGUCCAUCGUUGCGUGCUAGAUUGGAACACCAUACCAAAAUAUUUGCGUCUAUGUGUCCUGAUGAAAUUCUCGAUUAUUAUGACAAUUACGAGACCAGAGAAUAUAACACAACGUUGAUGCUCGGUGAUAUUUCAGGCUUCACAGAUCUCACAGAAAAAUUCACGAAGACUGGUGUUGGUGGUCCAUCUAAGUUAUCGGAAACUUUGAACAGCUAUAUCGGCGCGAUGGUGCAGGAAAUUCUUUCUCAUAAUGGAGAUGUUGUGAAAUUUUCCGGCGAUGCGUUUAUAGUAAUGUGGAAGCUCCAAGAAGGGAUGCUUAUGCGUGAUAUCGCUACGGAGGCAAUGCAAACUGCAUGCAUCAUACAGAAACAUUUUGGAACCUAUGACACUGAUGUUGGUGUAUCACUCAAAGUAAAACUUGCCAUUGCUUCCGGAAUAACAUAUUUCACGUCUAUUGGUGAUCCAGAAACGAUGUCUUAUUAUGUCAUUACUGGAAAACCUGUUUGGGAUGUAAAGUUUGCCGAAGGAUUAUGCAGAGGUGGUGAUAUUCUUGUGGCGCCCAGUAGUUGGCAAUGGGCAAAUCCUAGAGAUUAUGUUUAUGAAAAAUUGCCGAACGGUAUACAUACUCUGAUUAUAGCUUGCUCAGCAAUGUGGUAUCAGGCUAGACCUCAAGAUAUUUACAAUGGUAUUGUUGGAAUCAGUAUAUGA